AUGCCAAUGGCGGCAGUCGCAUCAUCAUCGUCAUCUCUUAUUGGAUUCAAGAAUUUCUCUGGGCAAAAUAAACUGCAUUGUAGCGGGUUCAAGCCCACCAUUGCUUCCUCCAAAUCGGAGCUGUUUUGUGGUUCUAUUGAUUUCAAUCUCAAAGAAACCACCCGCAGAUGCAAUGUUACCCGCAGAUUACCUGUUACUCGGGUCGUCUCUCCCAAAGCUGUUUCGGAUUCAAGUUCUUCCCAGACUUGCCUCGAUCCCGAUGCCAGCACUAGUGUUCUGGGCAUCAUUCUUGGAGGUGGAGCUGGGACUCGGCUUUAUCCUCUUACCAAGAAAAGAGCAAAACCUGCUGUCCCUUUGGGUGCAAAUUAUAGGUUGAUUGACAUUCCUGUUAGCAAUUGCUUGAAUAGCAACAUAUCAAAGAUCUAUGUCCUCACUCAAUUUAAUUCUGCAUCUCUGAAUCGUCACCUAUCACGGGCCUAUGCAAGUAACAUGGGUGGUUAUAAGAAUGAAGGGUUUGUUGAAGUUCUUGCUGCCCAGCAAAGCCCAGAAAACCCAAACUGGUUCCAGGGCACAGCUGAUGCUGUGAGGCAGUAUCUAUGGCUUUUUGAAGAACACGAUGUUCUUGAAUAUCUCAUUCUUGCCGGGGAUCAUUUAUACCGCAUGGAUUAUGAGAAAUUUGUCCAAGCUCACAGAGAAACUGAUGCUGAUAUAACGGUUGCUGCACUGCCAAUGGAUGAAAAACGUGCCACGGCAUUUGGUCUAAUGAAGAUUGAUGAGGAAGGAAGGAUAAUAGAAUUCGCUGAGAAGCCAAAAGGAGAACAAUUGAAGGCAAUGAAGGUUGAUACCACCAUUUUAGGUCUUGAUGAUGAGAGAGCAAAGGAAAUGCCUUAUAUUGCAAGUAUGGGCAUAUAUGUUAUCAGUAAGGAUGCGAUGUUGAGUUUGCUAAGAGAGACAUUCCCGGGAGCCAAUGAUUUCGGAAGUGAAGUUAUUCCAGGUGCUACUUCAAUUGGAAUGAGGGUUCAAGCCUAUUUGUAUGAUGGCUACUGGGAAGACAUUGGUACUAUCGAGGCUUUCUACAAUGCCAAUUUAGGGAUCACUAAGAAGCCAAUACCAGACUUCAGCUUCUAUGACCGUUCCUCUCCAAUCUAUACACAACCCCGAUACCUGCCACCUUCGAAAAUGCUUGAUGCCGAUGUUACUGACAGUGUUAUCGGUGAGGGGUGUGUCAUUAAGAAUUGUAAGAUUCACCAUUCCGUAAUUGGUCUGCGAUCCUGCAUCUCAGAGGGUGCAAUAAUAGAAGACACUCUACUGAUGGGAGCUGACUAUUACGAGACUGAUGCCGACAGAAGACUUUUGGCUGCAAAAGGUAGCGUUCCAAUUGGUAUUGGGAAGAAUUCUCAUAUCAAGAGAGCAAUUAUUGACAAGAAUGCUCGCAUCGGAGACAAUGUGAAGAUCAUUAACAGCGACGACGUGCAAGAGGCAGCAAGAGAGACAGAUGGGUACUUCAUCAAGAGUGGUAUCGUUACUAUCCCUCCCCAUUCCACGCGUAGCUUGCCCACCGAACCGAACAUCAACACACUAACUCACAGAUUGGAGAAAUGCGACUGGAAUUUCAUAGAUCUGAUUAAUGACUUGUGUUCAAACCAAAAGGCGUCCCCAGUUCGAUCUUGGUUCAUAGCAAUCCAGUGGUUUGCAGUCAGCUGUUAA